AUGGCCUCCGAACUAGCCCGGGCUAGCAUUGCCGAUGUGAGCGAGGCUGUUGUGCCUGCAGAGCCCAUGACGGGCAGCGGCUUCUUCAACCUCGGUAACAUCAAGCCGGUGCGACCAUGGGAGCCUCCCGCAGACGAAGACGUGCCGACGGGACGAGGCGGCAAAGGCUUGUCCAUCCAACGACCAAAAAGCCAGAGUCGCAGCCCGUCACCCACGCAGCCGACGCUGAUGUUGUCGAUGAAGGAGGUGUCGCGACCGUUUCAGAUGCUCAUUGACCAGCUGGUUCAGCAGCACGUCGCCGAGCUUGGGGCGAUGCGCUUCGAACGGAGCUCCGAGCGUCGGAAGACGGAG